AAUGGAUCAAUAAAAUACUAGCCUAGCCUGGCUUAGCCUUUAAAGCACGGAGAUUUUCCAUCUACUUUACCUGCAAGCAACUAUCUGUUAUGUCAUUUUAUUAAUAUGAAUUGCAAGAUUAACUUCAGUGAAUUAGAAAGAGAAAAUGAGAAAUUGGCCCAAGACAUCGAUGAAAUUCAACAUGUUCUUGCAGUUCACAAGAAUGGAAGUAAUACAGCUCAACGUGCAACAUCAUCAAUAUGGGGUGCUGGAGGAAAAGGACCAUUAUCUGGGUUCAAAUCCAGAAAAUCUAUUGUAGACAAGAGCAAUAAAUUGAAAGUAAAAGAAGUAAAAAAUUCACCAGAGGCUACUAUACCACGUACUAAAAACAGGCAAUUUGAUGAUAGAAGUAAAUUGAAAGUUGGCGAAAAACAAUCGCAGUUGAAAUCUACUGCCGAAAAGCGUGGAGAAUGGAAGAGAAUGCAAUCCAGAAGAGUUUCUUUUAAUAUUGAUGACACUCCUAAGAACGAAUUGCAUGAUGGGAUACAUGAAGGCACUAACCGUCACUCAGACUCAGUUGAUACUACCAACGUGGUGAGAGUAUCUGGUGACGAUUCUGCAAACGUGGCGAGAGGACCUGGUGAUGAUCCUGCCCACGUGAUGAGCGAAUCUUGUCACGAGACAACAGAAGAAAAAAUAGCAGCUUUGAAGGUUAAGGUUCUCGCGAAAGCAAGUUCUAAAGUCAAACUCGAAAUGAAGAAGAAAAAGGAUCCAGAUAUUUUCAAGAAAGAAAAUAAAAGUUCACAACAAUUACAAAGUACAAAUAUUAGCAGAUCAAAAUCUGCAACAGCAAGAAAGUCCAGAAUCAAUUUGACAUCAAAAACAAGAGAGAAGUCUAUAGAUAGUGAAAUAACAAGUAUUUCUUGUGAAUCUCCAAAUCAUGAUUUUUCAACAUUUACCAAAGACAUCGAUAUACUAUAUCAUGCGACUGAAGCCCCUAAAAGAGGGGACACAGGGUUGGUUGGUGAAAAAAAGGGAAGUGGUUUAAUUGGACAAUCACAUAAUACGGAUUCAAUAAAUGAACCAGCUCCAGAAGUGAUAGACUGGUUGGAACAGUUUAAAAUACAAGAUGAAGACUGUUAUCAAAAUCUGAUAGAAGUCAUCACAACCAACAACCUCAUGCCAGAAAAACUUGAUGCCAUGAAGGAGAAAGACUGGAUUGAUCUUGGUUUUAAUGAUCUCUCAUGUGUGUCACAUAUUUUAAAAGGAAUUCACAAGCCACAAGUUAAUAAUAAUCAGGAAUUUGAACAGACUUUUACAAAAACUGAUCAUUUGGAGAAAGUGGAAGAUCCAAAAAAAGAUAUAGACACUGGUAACAACGCUUUAAAAUCGGCAAAGAUUCGAACUCAUUCAGCGACAAAUGUGACGAAACAACAUAAGGUGACAGAUAAGAAGGCUAGACCAUCAAGUGCAAUAAAUAUACGCUCUUCAAAUCAUCAACAAAAGAUUAAGAGGGACAAUGUUACGGGUUCAGAGAGAGGUAGUUUAAAGUCAACAUCAAUACAUGGAGCUGUUGUCAUAGCAACAAAAACAGGAGUUCCUAAAGUAUCCCAAAAAUUAAAAGAGAAACAGGAACAAGAACAAGAAAUCAAGAAAAAGAAAAUGAAGGAAGCAUUACAAAGAAAGACAGAAAGAGAUAAAAUGGCAGCUCAACAUCAAAAAAGAUUGGUUGAAAAGGAGAAAAUGUUGCAUGAGAUUAAAGAAAAUGAGGAUGAAAAAGAUAUCAGUGACUUGACUGAAAGAACAGAGCCUAAAGAGUUGUCUCUAGUAGCCCAAGGUAUUGCACUACCAGAAAGUUAUUCUCAAAGCAGAGAUGUGUAUUCAGUUGGUGAUUGUAGUGAGCCCUCUAUUCACAGCGGCGAUGUACAUGGCAGUGCAAGAAGUGCUAAACAUUUAACAGGUGAUCAGUUGAAAAAGAUAGAGCUACAGGUGAUUGGCUUACAAGAAAAUCUCAAGAUUGGAGACAGCUCUGUGGAAAGCAAUAUACUUAGGCUCCAGAAACAGCUGUCAGACAUACAAAGAGAAUUACAUGCACAGCCUGUGAAAGAGUCUAGCAAGUCUGAAAAAACAUCACCAGGGAAAGUAAAGAAAGAGAAGAAAAGCCCAGACACGUUGCACAGCAGAACUGAACUGAUGCGAGAGGUGAGGAAACAGAAAGAGCAACACAGGAAAGAAAUCAGGAUGUUAGAGUCUGAGCUUAGUCGGCUCAAACACCGUGAUCCAGUGAAGACAUGUGAAUUAUCCGAAGAAGAUAUAAACUUUAGUGAUAAAGAUAUUAUAGGAGAAGGAGCAUUCUCUCAAGUUUUCCACGGAAAGUUCAAUGGGUCAGAGGUCGCCAUAAAACGACUGAAGCAUUCACUUUCAUCGAGUGAUAAAAACUAUUUCGCUGAAGAGGUGCACCUUUUACAUGGACUGCGUCACCCCCGGAUUGUUUUGUUGAUAGGAGUGUGUACUACCGGUAAGCUACCUAUAAUGGUACUGGAGUACAUGGCAUCUGGAAGUCUGCAUCAACACCUGCAUGACAGAAGCAUACCCAGGUUAGACCAUGUGUCAUACUACCGGAUUAGCAAGGAUAUUGCACUCGGUAUGACUUACUUACACCGCCAUAAGCCACCGGUUCUUCACCUUGAUCUGAAGUCUCUCAACAUUCUUCUUAACGCCUAUGGACGGGCAAAGAUAGCUGAUUUUGGCUUCUCAAAACUUAAGCAUGAUGCAGAAGAGUUAAGUGGUCUUCGAGGCACACCUGCAUGGAUGGCACCAGAGCUUCUUGAUCCAGCCUUUGGUGAACUGUCUAUAAAGGCUGAUGUGUACAGCUUUGGUGUUAUACUUUGGGAGAUGCUUACUAGGGAAACACCAUAUAAAGGAGUCGGUGUAUUUCAGAUUCUGGAAUGUAUACGCAACAGUAAGAGACCAGAAAUACCAGAAUAUUGCCCAGACCCAUUGAAGGGUCUGAUUAACAGAUGCUGGAAACAAAAGCCUAACCAGCGACCCUCAUUCAAGGAAAUUCUGAUCUCAUUGGAGGGUUUACAAAUCCCUUUAGAGUGGCGAUCUCUAUUGUCAUCAGCAGGUAUCCCCCAUGAAGUAAUGGAAGAUCCCAAUUCAGCAAGAUCCAUUAUAAACUUAAUCAACCAAUCAGUGGACAUCCCAGUGCCACAACUAAAUGAACUAUCAUUGCAGUCACAUGAUGAGCUGAUUAAACAGGAUCACUCAUUGGCAGAUGGACGUGACAUAAUGGCAGAACCAGCCAUUUCAGGAAAUCAAACUAUGACAACAACUGAUAGAGCACCACCCCCUCCACCGUUAGUAAACUUGGCAAGAUUCAUCGAAGAACAAACAAAAAGAAUUAGUGAACCAAGACCUGUCCAUCCAGCCCAAGGGGUGUCAAAAUGUGUAAAAAGCUCCCAAAAUUCAAAGCCAUUUGCUGUACCGGCUUCAGAGCUUGCUGAUCAGAAACUGAUGCUGAAGUCCACAACGCAGGGUCCACACCCGAGCCAACUUAAAAACCUCAGCAACAUCACCAAGCAGAAGUUCACAUCAAUUGCAGAAGUCUUAAGACAGUCUGUAAAUAAUCGGAGGUUUGCAAUGAAGAUGCAGAAUGAUAGCAUUGACCAGUCCACUCUAGAUAGCAACUGGUCAGUUUCAAGCACUUAAGUGAUCGACUAGACCACCAACUGGAAGUUGAUAAAAUCCAGAGACAGUUGCAACCAGAUUUGUUUCUAGAAUAAUAGUUUGUCCAGUCCACAACUGGUCAGUUGCAAGCACUUAAGUGACCAACUAGACCACCAACUGGAAGUUGAUGAAAUUCAGAAACAGUUGCAACCAGAUUUGUUUGCUAGAAUAAUAGUUUGUCCAGUCCACAACUGGUCAGUCAGUGGUGCAUAAUUGAGUUAUCUUUAUCACAUAUUAUAUUUUGCUGUACAGCACAGAAUUUAUUAUAUAAUUACGUAAAAUGAAUCCCCAAAAAUAUGCUUUUGGAGUUCCUAAAUAAUUUUAGGAUAUGUCAGGUGUGGCGCCAGUGGGGGGCACCCCCAUGUCAGGUAGUGCUGGCCCCGCCGUCGGGGUGAAAAAGCACAAUUCGUCGGGGAGAAAAAAAAAUUAUAUUUAUUUUCUACAUAUUAAUAGUCUCUAAAAUGGAUUUAAUAAGCCUUUGAAACCCCUAAAUUGUUACAAUUUUCAGGGCCUUUGCCCCCUGGACCACUUUCAAAACCUUUUAAUCGAAGCUCGACCACGCCCACAUUGCUUUCGUCUGGGGAAUCUGACCCCUCGUCGAGGGCAUCAUCCCCUCGUCGCGGACCUUGCCCCCUACCCCCCCCCCCCCCUGUGAGAUUGCUCUGACCAUCAUCAGGAGAAUGAUAAAAGAUGACUUCUGUUGGUCUUAAAUAAAGAUGGUAAUCGUCGAUGAAUUUUGUAAGACCAGUGGGAACGAUGUUGGAGUCCCUGCAUCUUUUGGAGAAAGUAUGGCCAUUGAUGAGUUUUGAUUGCUUGAUAUAAUUGCGUUCUUAGCUUUUUAAGCCAGACACUCACUGUGGAUUCUAUGGAGAACACAACGCCACGAUGCACGCACAACGGAUCCUUUUCAAUGACGAUCCGUUCAGACUGCCAUUAACAAUCAGCAGACAGUGUCACGUUGUCAAUGCACAAUGUAGUGAGUGCCCAGCUUCAACGCUCUUGUGCGGUUGCUCCCCGUAGAGCUCAACAAAAUAUUUUUUGAAGGUUUGCAUGGCGAGUAUUAUUAACAAAAUCAUUAAACUUUUGGUAAACCACCUGUAAAAUAGAAGUAUGGUUUGUGAGGUUAAACCACUGGUUGGUUGUCUCAGUGUUUUGAUGGAAUGCUCUGACUGUCAUCAGAAAAAUUUAUGUAAUCUAUGUAUUAUUAUACUUUCUGUUAUUUAACCAUUAAUUGAUGUGCUGAUAUUUAUGUUACUUAAAUUGUUAUUUAUCAAUAUAUUUAUUCCUAAGAUAAAAACUAUAUUAUCAAUGACAUUAGUGCUAUUAAGACUUCUUUCAUACAUAAAAGUGUGUAACUCACAUUUACAAGAGGACGACAUUUAGAUCAGAUAAACAUAGGCCCUAUGCCAUGUGGUUUGUAUAUCUUCACUUUCAACACUGACAUGCCUAGUUGAAGCUACGAUAUGGCAUAUUGGUCCAAUUGAUACUUUCAAAAAAUGUGAAACUUUGUUUUCGUUCAACAAUUUAAAAUAUUUUAAUGGUUUACUGUGACAUUGAGGUACUCAAAAUAUUGCAGACUCUUUGUACUUAUAUUGAUUUUGUGUGCAAUAAUUUACUUGAUACUUUGACAUUCCAUAACAUCAAGUACUAUUUCUGCCGAUAUAAUGGAUAAUUAGUUAGUAAUUGUGAGUUUUGUGAUUUAAUUCCAUUAUAAAGUGUUUGUAAUCUAUAGAGUAUGAUAUAUAUACUAUACUUACAUUAAGAUUUUUGUGGAUUUUAUUAUACUAUUGUGUGUUAAUAGACUUGUAUAUGAUAUGGAUUAUUGAUUAUGAAUAUCAUGCUUUGUGAAAAACUGUUGUGUAGAACUUGGUUGUUUGAUGUAUUCUUUGUCAGUUGUUCGUCCCAUAUUUCAUGGAGUCAACUAAGAAAGUAUAAUACAUACUCCAAGUAUUGAAAUGAUUGGAGCAUUUAUUACAUACAAAUGAUGUGUUGAAAAGGGGAAUCUAUUCAUCAUAAAAAUGCUUAGCAUUUUCUCAAAUAUAGGCCUAUGAACGGUAGGCUUACAUACCUAGUGAUGGCAAUUUUGAAUUUUGAGGGUUUAUGGUUUUGCAAUACGUUGGUAAAAUUAUCACAAAACAAGGAGGUAUUUGGAAUUUUUUUUUCAGUCUGAUGAAGUCUAAGAAAAUGUUUGGUUCUGAAUAUAUUGGAUGGCAGUUUGGUGCAGCAGUUGCAGUUCGGACUUUCAAUCGUAAGGUCGGGGUUUUGAGUCUCCGCUGUGCAGAUCAGCUUGUAUCCUUAGUCAAGGCACUUUAGCUACAUUGCUUCAGUCCACCCAGCUGUAUCAAUGGAUACCAGCAAACUGCUGGGGACUAACCUGCGACGGACUAGUGUCCCGUCCAUGGGGAGUACAACUCUCAUCCGCUUUACACUACGAAAACUGGGGAUAAGCUCCAGCCCAUUGAGCCUCUAGUGGCUCUGGAAGGAUUUAGUUUUAGUUUUUCUGAAUAAAUUAGCUUUUGUUCUAAGUCUGAUGGCUUCUAUAUGUAAUCACGAAACACUUGGCAUAACGAAUAGGUAAGGCAAUUCUAAGUUUGAACUGCGGAUUCAAGGUCAAUUGACAUAAACCUGUUGUGUGUAUGUGUUUGUUUAUGUUGACUAACCCUGAUACGGGCAUGUACAGUUUUCAAAUUGUGAAUCGCCUUAUUUGCUAAGAAAGGAUAUACUGUAAUAAAUAACAAUGUAGUGACACUCUUUA